UGAUAUUCUUAUACUUGGACAUUAAUGUGACUAACUUCUGUCAUGCUUAGGGCUGGUUUGCAACAACUUUAAAAAAAGUACUUAUCAGCUUUUGGGCUUAAAAAACACUUAUUUACCAAACACUACCAAUAUUUUUUUUACUUUUCUCGGCUUUCGUGUCAAAAGUGAUUUCCCCCUUUUUAUACCCCAAAAGCACUUAUUUUAUCAAACAUUACCUACUUUUACUUUUCAAAAUCACUUUUUUCUCAAACACUAUCAACUUUUACAACUAAUCACUUUUUCCAAAUCACUCCAAAAGUGCUUUUUUUAAAGCAGAAGCUGUUGCAAACACUGCCUUGGUGAAUUUGGACAUUAAUAUUGCCACAUUAAUGUGUAAUAAUGCAAAAAUAUGACAAUAUGACUUCGGGUGUUUAUAUCGGUGAUUGACUUAUGAAAAAUGAAGAGAGAGAAUCUCCUCAAUCUCUCUAAAAAUUCAACAAAAACUUGAAACCCAUAUGGAAUUCCGGCAACCUCCAUACCGCCGGAAUCAACCCCACCUUCUGUGUGUCAAUUGCAACUGCACACAUGAGACCUUUCAUCACUACAGCAAAGGGUACAGAGGCCAAAGCUACCAGCAACAGUGGGAAAAUCCUCAGGCUAGAUCCACUGUUAGACAGUUCACGGGGAACAGAGCAUCUUCCUCCCGAGCAGGUACAAGACUCUAUCCAAAUAAGAACUCCCAUAACUGGCGUAGCUCGGCUUCAUACUCUACUCGCAAGAAUGGAAAUAAUGCCUAUCACACGAGGUAUGACGCACACAACAAAAACUAUCACGGUCCUUCAGCCUUAUUUCCUAUUGAAAACCGACCAAAACACGCCCUAAUUACAGGGCCAAAUUUACUGGGACCAAGACGAGAUGCUCAGCGUCGUCAACAACAUCAAACCCAAACGGGGAAAGACGAUGGCUGGAGCACCGUCAUCUACAGGGUUCGACGGAAUCCCCUCCAUCCCAAUGGCAGACUUCCAUCGUUCCAAAGCACCGAAUCUGAAAUCAACAGGACAGCGGGUAUCAAGAAUCGCUAUCACCGAUUGCGAUUCGAAAAUGAAACCCAGCCCUUCGAAUUCGAUUUUGAAUCUAAGACAUCGCCCCUGGUAAAUGAAACCCAUAGAGCCAGAGAAGACCGCAGUGGAUUUGUGAAAAAAAUAAGGCGAGAUAAUCCAAAUCGCAGCCAAACGAGACCACCAGAAUACGUUGGUUCAAGUCCGGCGACCUCCGCGCUAGUCGUCCAAACCAUCUCAUCAUCUGGUCCCUCGGCUGAGAAAAUCAAUGUCACACAGCUUUCUCCAUACAUCCACAGUCUGGAUGUCGAGGAAACACGCCCAACGGGUACCGCCCAACUCACAUGGGCUGACGUUGUGAGGAACGAAAUGGACAAAGAUUACAGCAAGGCAGUUUCAAUCUCAGCCCAAGCUCCUCUUUCCAAUGAAAAACGAAUUAUUUCACAUAUGGACCCGACUGAAAUAAUCCAGGCAAUGCCAGAUGACUUCUCAAAGGACACAGAGGACACAGAAAAGUUUCACUUCUUUGGAGAGCAGGGAUUUGACUCCAUCAAACUUGAAUCAUCGGUAUUCAGAUUUGCUAUCAGAAAUAAGGAAAUUGUUAUCUUUGAAAUAAAAAAAUCCUCUUUACAGAUGAUUAAUUUCAAAACAGAGCUUGCACCCCAGAUCUACCGUUUUAUCCACCAUAUCACAAGCUCAAAAAAAUUUAAGCACGGGUUGAGCAAAAAGUUUGGCUCUAUCACGGUCUCUUCGGUGCUCAACAGAUCGGGUUGUUAUCUGAUGAUUGCAAAGGAAAAGGGUGGUUACGUUCUAGUCCCCCGGGGCCCACAAAACUCCAAACUCAAUGAUUUUAUGAGAUUAUUUGCUAAUUUUGUUGGAUUAUGUUAUUCAGAACAGGAGGAACCAAUGCAUCAGAAGAAUGAGACCUCGGCUGACACUGAAGAAAUCUCCAUUUCGAAACUCAUAUUUAACUAUGAAGUUCAGAGAGCCUAUGGCGAGAAGCAACAACCUCUCUAUUUUGAGAAACAACCCCAAACUCCACUAAUACAGGCUUACUCUGAUGCCUCAAACGACUUUGAUCCUUCAGAUGACUCUUUCUUCUCAGAUGAUUUUCUAGGACACGCAACCGAAAGUGAUCGUCGUCCUCCUAUUUCAAACAAGGAUGAAAUUAGGAAGUCCAAAUUCAACAGAACAAUUUGUCGUAAAGCAAAGCUGGUCACCAAUGAGAAUUGCUUGCCAACAGAUAACCUGAACACUCAACUCAAAAUUUACAGGAAAUCUCAAAAGAACAAAAGGCGGCAUAGCAUGACGACUAGAUCACAGUCCAGAGAUUUCCCUUGGGUCUAGUUUUUGUCUUUACGUUUUCUUUUCUUUUAUGUACUUUUUUUUGCUUUAUUUAUCUUCUCGCAUUGUACUUUAUUUUUCUAUGAAUAAAACAAAAUAAUAAUAAUAAUAAAAAAAAAAAAAUAUUGGUGUUUA